AUGUUGAGGUAUGGUUGUAAUAGAAUUUUGGGGUUAGGGCAAAGAACCUCCCAAACCGGAGCACAGGGUGUGUUGGUAAGAUCAUACCAUGAAAGAAUUGUGGAUCAUUACAAUAGCCCACGGAACGUUGAAUCUUUUGAUGAAAAUGAUUCUACAGUUGUCAUGAAGCUAAAAUUUAAAGUUGCUUCUUCAUCUGUAGCCACUGAAUGGACCAAGGGAAGGCAGGAGGAGGAAGUCUUAACCAACAAAAACACUGAAAUAGUGAAUAAUCCUUCACUCACUGCAGAGGAUGUAAUCAGGGAUGCAUUGAAAGAUUUUAAAGCAAAACGACUCAAGGCUGGAAGCAGUGCCAAUGCUAAGGAGGACGAGGCUGCUCAUGCGUGA